UUGUGUUUAGGUCGCUUCUGUGGCUAAAGAGGGACUCGCACUCUGUUAUGAAAUCCGACAAGUAGAAUUAUAACGGGCAUAUAUCGUUUAAUCGUGAACAAAAUCAUAACUUUGAUAUCCCUUCGUCAUUUUAGCAAAUUAAUCGUUUAAUUGUAAGGUUGCUCCACGCGCGUACUGGUUUUCAGUUAUCUAAUCCUUCAGUUAGCUGCUAGCUCGGGCUAGCUGCCCGUGCGGUCUUUUAGUUACUCUAACUUUUUUUUUAUUUCCGUCAAAUUAGUUCUUCUCUGCAACAGACUUAAGCCUAUAAAUUAGUCACUGAUAACUCUCUUGGAGUAAAUUCUUUCAGAGGAUGCUGGCGACUGGAGCGGCUGUAACCAACGUCACAGCCCUGGCACAGGUAGACAGGGAAAAGAUCUACCAAUGGAUCAAUGAGUUGUCCAGUCCUGAAACCAGAGAAAAUGCCCUGCUGGAGCUCAGCAAGAAACGUGAGUCUGUGCCAGACCUUGCCCCAAUGCUCUGGCACUCCUGUGGCACCAUUGCUGCUCUGCUGCAGGAAAUAGUGAACAUCUAUCCGUCUAUAAACCCACCCACGCUAACAGCUCACCAGUCUAACAGAGUCUGCAAUGCCCUGGCACUUCUACAGUGUGUUGCCUCACACCCUGAGACAAGGUCGGCUUUUCUAGCAGCUCACAUCCCUCUCUUCCUUUACCCCUUUUUACACACUGUGAGCAAAACACGGCCUUUUGAGUACUUGCGACUCACCAGCCUUGGAGUCAUAGGUGCUUUGGUGAAAACAGAUGAACAAGAAGUGAUUAACUUCCUCCUCACCACUGAAAUAAUCCCGCUGUGUCUCCGCAUCAUGGAAUCAGGGAGCGAGCUCUCCAAGACGGUUGCUACGUUUAUACUGCAGAAGAUCCUUCUGGACGACACAGGGCUGGCUUAUAUAUGUCAGACGUAUGAGCGUUUCUCCCAUGUGGCCAUGAUCCUUGGUAAGAUGGUGCUCCAGCUCUCUAAGGAACCAUCGGCUCGUCUGUUGAAGCAUGUUGUCCGCUGCUACCUUCGCCUCUCAGAUAAUCUAAGGGCCAGAGAAGCCCUGCGUCAGUGUCUGCCAGACCAGCUGAAAGACAGCACCUUCGCCCAAGUACUGAAGGACGACACCACCACAAAGCGCUGGCUAGCACAGUUAGUGAAGAACCUGCAGGAGGGCCAAGUCACUGAUGCUAGAGGCAUCCCGCUGGCUCCACAGUGAGGGGGACAAAGUGUUUGUUUACAGCUGACACAGAAAGACUAUCACUGUUCUGUAUUCUGCCAAAUGGUGCUAAGACUGACUGCAAAGUGAAGGUCAUAACAGUGGAAUGUGUGUUUCUGCUGCUGGAUAGAGAAGUUAUAUAACAGCUUUUACAUCAGGUCAAUAUUACAACCUAAAAUCUGCUUUUGGAGCCAGACUCUAGUAGAUCAUAGAUUACUGUGAUGCUUUAUUGACUGACACUUCUGACCUUUUUUUGGAGGAUCCUUCAAAGUUAGUUAUCAAAUACAAACAGUAGUUUCUAAUAAAAUUGUUCAUCAGAUGACUAAGAGAGUAGGGAAAACACAGCUAAAUAAUUCCUGAGAAUAGAAAAUUAAAUGGCCAAAUUUAUAUAAAGCACAGCUUGUAAAAUAGGUAAAUUGCUGGAAAUGCACUGCAAUUUUUGUCUGAACAGCUGUGAACAGAUAACUACCAUGUAUCUGUGAUGAUUCAAUGAUUACUCACUUUUGGUUGUUGAUAUCAGCACUUCCGUGAUAUGUGUCAGCUUGGUUUUUCUCCCCAUUUAUCACUGAAACUUUCUGGAACAUUCCACGUUGAAUUAGGAGCUGUUAUUCUUUCUGCGUUUUAAAUUUAGUUUAAACUUUUCUUGUGUCUCAUCUUUUUUAAGCCUCUGUAAACUGACGUCACAGUACAUGCAGCAUUUCAAUACACCAGUGGAUUUCUGUCUGUAUGAAUAUAUGUUUGAUCUGUUUUUUGCAUUUUGUGGCAAGUUGUACAAAAAUGUGAUUUGGCCUGGAGUGAGAUCUCAGAAAGUGCUCUUGUUUCAGAUAUUUCAUAAAUAAAUUGUUUUCCACCAAA